CAAAACCCUGAAUCUUUUGUGCGCAAAUCUAAUCCAGUUCCUCUUUCUGGGAGUCUUUCACUGACUUAUAACCUUAAACUCAGAGUUGAGCAAACUGGGGUCACUUCUUGGGCUGCACAAAACACCUGUGGUUUAUUACUCUUCAAUUGGCUGCCACAGCAUGACCUUUCGCUGAUCCUGUUUGGAAGAAGCACACCUUCCUGAUCAGUUACCCAUGUGCAUUCUUUUCUUUAAGUUUGACCCUCGACCUGUUUCCAAAAAUGCAUACAGACUUAUCCUAGCAGCCAACAGAGAUGAAUUUUAUCACAGACCUUCAAAAUCGGCUGACUUCUGGGACGGCAGCAAUGAGAUCCUCAGUGGUUUGGAUAUGGAGGAAGGAAAAGAAGGUGGAACGUGGCUUGGAAUCAGCAAGAAAGGCAAGAUGGCAGCCCUGACAAACUAUAUGCAGCCAAAGAUAGACAAGAAUGCAAAAGGACGAGGUGCCCUGGUGACAAAUUUUUUGACUUCAGAUGUGGACAGUUACUCUUACUUGAAGAAAGUUGCCUUAGAAGGACACCUUUACAAUGGAUUUAAUUUAAUAGCGGCAGACUUGAACACCACCAGGGGAGACGUAAUUUACUAUUACGGAAACAAAGGAGACCCAGAACCUGUCUUCCUAAAUCCCGGGGUAUAUGGCUUGAGCAAUUCAUUGCUGGAUACACCAUGGAAGAAACUCCAGUAUGGAAAGCAGCUCUUCGCGGAUGUCAUCAAGCACAGCCAAGACCUUACAAAGGAAGAUCUGGUGCAAGAGCUCAUCAAAGUGAUGAACAACCAAGAACCGCAGUUGCCAGACCCAGCCAUUGAAGAUCAGGGAAAGGACUACAUCCUUCCCAUCCUGAACAAGUAUGCAGCUGUAUGUGUUCGUUGCCCAGAUUAUGGAACCAGGACAAAUACAGUCAUUCUCAUUGAUGCAGAAGGUCACGUCACUUUCACUGAGCGCACCAUGCUAAAUGCAGAUGUCGACCAAUGGAAAACGAGCACCUACCAGUUCAAACUGCAGAUUUAACAGCUUUUCUGUCUGAAUGGGUCACUAGAAAAUAAGGAAAGAAACAAAGAAGAGAACAAGCUAUUGAAUUCUAGGGGUGGGGAAGGCUUGGUAUUAGUCUUCACAGAGCAAAAUGCUCGUUGAUGUUGCAUAAAACACCCUGGCAACCAC